AGCAAACUGAAUACAUCAAACUUGUGUGGAUAUACAGCAAACUGAAUACAUCAAACUUUUUUUUUAAGAAUUGACACGUGACACAGCAACAAAUGCACGUGCUUCUGUGACCGUCAUUUCAUAAUUAUCUUCAGUAAUGGCAGAGUCCGCGAAAUCUGUAAUUGAUUUAGUCGACAAACUGGCAGGUGAUAGGAGCCUGUUAACAACUUUAGCAAAUGUUUUAGAAAACGGGGGUCGCAGGAUGCACGAAGUCGUAAAUGAAAAUAAUGUGGAAAAAGAAUUAAAAACUAUUUUUUUGAGACCAGCUUCAUCAGUUGCCGCCGGGCCUACACAUUCCGAAAUCAGUAACACGUCAAGUCUUGCAUCAUCUUAUUUCACGAGGUCAACGAUACGACCACCACAAAGAUUAACCCAACCAACCAAAAAAAGGCGACCAACUUUCAAAGGUCCUGCUACUUUUACAAAGGAGGUAGUAUUGCUGGGCGGACCUCACAACAAUGUAGUUGUAAAACACGGAACCAAGCAAUUACUCUAUGAAAGUGGGCAUGUGAUGAAUGCCUUUGAAUUCCACAAGGAGUGGUCGGCUGAAGAACUUCUAGAGAAUAUUAGAUCAGCUUUCAGCAGUCAUCUUCCUCCAGGAGCUAAUUUGGAAAUACUCAUGGCUUGCCACAAUAAACUGAUAGCUCCUUCUCUAAUGAGGAACCAAACACUCAAUGGUUGGAUGAUGAACAAAAUAUUUAAGCAACGCUCUGUCUAUAUUCGCCCCUCUGUUGAAAUCUUGGAUCUGCAAAGGCUGGACCAACAACCUGAAGACUGGGAUAAAACUAAUGUGCCAGAUAAUUCUCAGGAUCCUAACUGUAUUCGUGAAGAGACACUAGUUGCAGAUGAAAUACUUGGAUGUUCCUCUGAACCUGUGACAUCCAAUCCAGAUGGUCUGCAUAAUGCUGGAAUCGCAUUUCCAAACUAUCUAGGCUUGGACAGUAAUGAUCUUCAUGCAGUACAGGAUGUUUGUGUUUCUGCAGACUCUGUACUAACACAGACACCAGUGUCAUUUGGUGUAGAGGCAUCUAAAAUACACACUACACUGUUUCAGUCUACAUCUGCCAUGACUUUGGAAACUAAUGUUCUGGAGAAAAAAGGAUCAGAUUGUUACAAGUAAGAUAUUGCUUCAUUUUUCUCAGUUU